GAUCCCAGUUCUGUCAACAUUCUCUUUGACUGAGGGGUUGGAAGGCUGUUAUUAACUGCGUCUGAUUGGCUCUCAGAAUCCAGCAACUAGCGUUAUUGACUGGCAAGAGAGUAAUGUGCAACUGUAGUUUUGGAGACCUGGGUUGUUAAAAAGACACUUUGCGGGAUCCUGUACUCGUGAAAUCCUGAGUUUUUUCUGCCGCACAUUUGCCUGCCUGUAUUUAGGCACUGGAAAAGAGAACGAAGCAAAGCUGUUGGAGGGCUUAUGAAAAUGGAAUGGAAUUCCCUGUUAAUGCUCCUGGAAGCCGCAGAAUACUUGGAAAGGCGAGAGAGAGAGGCAGAGCACGGUUAUGCCUCGGUGUUGCCCUUCGACAGUGACUAUACCAGAAGGAAAUCAAAAGCCAGGAAAUCCCCAAAUAACCGAUCUUCACAUAACGAACUAGAAAAGCACAGACGGGCUAAACUCCGGCUAUAUUUGGAAGAGCUAAAGCAGCUUGUCCCUUUGGGAGCAGAUAGCACCAGACAUACCACGCUCAGUCUGCUGAAAAGAGCCAAGAUGCAUAUUAAGAAAUUGGAAGAACAGGACCGAAGAGCUCUAAAUAUUAAAGAACAAUUACAACGCGAACAUAGAUAUCUCAAGCGUAGAGUAGAACAGCUCUCUGGGCAAGGCCUGGAACGAAUUCGCACAGACAGCCUGGGAUCAACAAUAUCCACUGAUUCUGAGCAAGAGGUAGACAUUGAAGGAAUUGAAUUUGGAUCAGCUGAAAUGGACAGUAGCGGGAACGCCAGUGAUGCCGAGGACCAGUAUAGUUUGCACGGCUGUUCAAGUGACAGUGGCUAUUCACAUCCCCACAGACUCAAUGCCAGACUUCUGUAGUGCUUGAGUGAAACACUCAGCUCAGGACCUUUGACUUGAAGCACUUACACAAAAAAUCCCAGAGUUGUUGACUGCCACUCUUCCAGGAAGCCUCAACUGCAGUACUCCAAAAGGAGUUUUGUUAUCCAGGGUUCUUCUCUCAACUAUAGCUAGAAUUUUAAAUAAACUGCAAAUCAUGUUUUUAAGCAUAAUGUGAUUAGACAUGGUUGUAGCUUGAAAUUUCUUUAUAUAGCCAUGGUACAAACUCUUAAAACUCUUAAACUAUUUUGGUUUUAUUGGUAUUUUUAAAGUCCAUCUAAGGCGUGUCAAAGUCAAACUUAAAAGGACUACAUUUUGGAAAGAAAUUCAGAUUGUUUCAGAUGUCAAAAUGUAAUGAAGACUUGGGAAGAACUACAUGCAAAAUGAAGCUUGUUGUAUUAAAAAGUGAUUUGUCUCUGGCAGUGGCAACUGCUCCAGCCAAAACAGCAUGAA